AUGUUAGUAGAGAUGAAAAGCUUCAUUCCUUCUUCAUAUACUUUUGAAACAGAAAUCCAGAAGAUAAAGCAAGAACUUUUAACAUGUAAUUUAGACUGUAGUGCGAAAGAUGAAACAAAUGAACAGUAUCUUUAUGAAAUGCAGGACAUUAUUGACCAUUUGCCUAAAUUGCCUGAAAUUCAGCAACAAAAACUAACCAUUCCUGAAUUCGAUGAAAUUGAAGUCAAAGCAACUGACUCAGUAGAAAUAAAGAAGUUCAUACGAAAGGUAAACUAUGAAUUCCUUGGAUUUCAUUGCAACCAUAAGGUUAUGGACAAAGAUUGCGACAUGGUAUAUAAGAAUGUUUCUGACAUAUAUAAAUCUGAAGAAUUUAAGACCUACGACAACUUUGUUUCGUUAGUUGCAGAAUGUGUAUGGCAGAUAAGAGAUAAAGAUAGAAGAUGUAAAAUAUGGAACAAACAGAUAAAACCAGCAACUUUUGAGUUAAAGAAAACCAUUGACGCCUUAGUUGUUUUAGCAGGUAAGGUUUCAGAAUAUAACGCAAAAAUGAACCCGCAAU